AUGGCCCUCCUCCUUGAACUUCUUUUCUGCUUGCCACCAAUCGUCUUCUGCCAAUUCAUCGUCAGAAUUCUCUUCGGGGGGUGGAGCAGCGUUCUGGCUCCGACAUGGAAGCUGUACGAGGACGCUUACACGGUUGCCCCUGUGCGCCCAGAGGCGGCAGAGGGCAUUAGGAUGGGGAAGAGGGGGAUGAAGUACCGGCAGGGGCGCCGAGCUGUGCGCCAUGGUGGUGAUGGUGACGGCGUGGUCUACCGUGAUGUGAGCCAGAGGACUGUCGGGCUUGAUAGGCUGAAAGCAGCAGUGCUGUUGUGUGUGUCUGGUGUGUGGUGUGAGUGGAGAGAAAAGGAGAGAAAGCGAAGAGGCGCGAGGAAGAGUUCUCAUCAGCGCGGUGAGCUUGGACCAGCAGUUGCCUGGACGGGUUAUGCGAGUGCUCUGAGGAGACGGCGAAGUAGGCUCUGCAGCAUUCGCAGAAUACGGAGACAGAACGAUCACUACUCAUGCAUUGGAGGACGAACUUGCCUGAGGGGAGAUGCUUAUACCGUGCAAGAAGCCUGGCCAUAUCAGAGACCACAUGCAUUGUCAUCCGGGUUACAGCACGGCUUUGAUCACACCAUAGGCGCCUCUCUGAGUACAUGUAGUCCAGUUUCUAUCUCUCAAACCAAAAGGCCUUCGGCCAGAGCCCCUGCGCACCUUUUGGUGGACUGCAAUGGGGAACCGUCUAAGCGGCAUUCAUAUCAGAGGCAAUGGCGAGUCACUGGAAUGCAUGGCAGUAGGGGCCAGCAAGAGGAGCCCCGUGACCGUGAGAUGGGAGAUGGCGCGGUGCUGGUUGCCAUGCUGGAGGUCCAGAUGCACAUCAAGGUAUUUGUGGCAGCAAGAGCGUCGACCAAUCCUAGGAGGGUUCGAGACACAGUUGCUGUUGACUUCCAAGGCAGCUUCCUGUGUCCCUCGUCAAGGCCAUUCCAAUCGGCGGUCGUUGAUGCCAUUGUCUUGAUCUUUGCACUGUCCUGCUGCGGGAAGCAAGUCAAUGCAGCUGCCUGCAUGCUUGCUUGCUUGACUUUGGAGCUUUCUCCCUUCAGCUUCUUCCAUCUUCUCUCACUCGUACACAACAACAACAACAACAUCAUGACACCGCCACACAAGCGGACAGACUCCACCACUGCCAUCAUCGACCACAAGCAGCCCUCCGCCCGAGCCAAGCUGGCGGCGGCCUGGAACGCCAUCAAAGAGCCUUUCCGCCGCAAGCGGACCCACCGCCUGCUGAAAAGGUUUUCAAAGGCUCAACAGAGCCGACACUUCAACACUGCCACCAUGACAUUGCCGCCCUCACACCUUCCACGGAGAGGCUCAGAGCUGCAGGCGCAGAGGCUGACAGACACCUUCUUGUAUCGGCGAGAGUCAUCCUCGGGGUCCAGAAGCCACCACCACUCGUCAAGAGCAUCUCCCGCAUCCGUGUCUUCACCAUUUCAUCCAUCAUCCAUACAAACAUCAAUCACUCAGAUCAUGCUCGAACCCUCCAGGGGCUUCGGCACCACCUUUGAAAUCACCAGCCAAUACCGCGGGAACAUCGCGACUUUGACGAAUCUGGAACGGUUAUGGGCGACGAACAACAAAUUGUCCGGACCAUUUGAUGCUUCCUUGUCGGCAUUGGGCAGUCUGCGCGAGAUUGAUGCUCGCUUCAAUUCGAUCUCGAACAUCGACGUGCUAUCUCAGCUGCCAAUGCUGGAGGCUUUGAUGCUAGGACACAACUCCGUCUCGCAGUUUGAGGGCUCUUUCCACUGCCUGACGAAGCUCACGAUCAGCAAGAAUCACUUCGUCUCGCUUUCGACACAUUUCGGAUCUUUGGCGGCGGAGAGGAUACCUUUCAAAAGUAGCAAGACAAGAUUGUGGGUGGAGUCAACAUAUGGCUCUGGCAGCACCUUUUUCUUCACCUGCAUAGUAAGUGCAUUCCUCACGUCCGCCGAAGCUGUGUUCCAAGCUGCCCCAAAUGAAAGACGCAAGCUGACGGCCUCCAGAACCAAUGCGCGGAUCCAUGUCAUCGGACGACCCAGGCCACCGGCGCAACCAGUCCGCCAGCAAUGCCAUACCACUCCAGAGUCUGAACCCUCAUGGCAUACGCCCGAGGAGUAA